UGUAGUGCAGGUAGCGGUAGUGAUUGUACGCUCUUUGCCUCUGCAGUACUCCUUCAGUCCUCGAUUUCACGCCGUCACACGCACGAAAAUUUAUUCUCUUUCGCUGUUAAGUAUCCGUUCUUACGACUUUUAAUUUAUUUAAUUUAUUUUCUCUCUUAAUCUUUAUCUCUUGUUAUUUCGUUUCUAUAUCGCAAUUUUCUUUGGUAUACUCUUUAUUUUUCGUUACUGGUUCUUCUCCUUAUUACUUUACGAUCAUAUUUAAUCUUUUUUGUCUACAUCUCAUUUAUUCAUCUUUAUUAUUCACUUUUUUCUUCAUUAUAUUGACGUUUUCAUCUCUUCAGUCGCUAGUAUUUCACUCUCUCUCUCUCUCUCUCUCUCUCUCUCUCUCUCUCUCUCCACAACAAAACGCUGCUGGGACAAGUCAAUCAUCUACGGAACAAUACCACCUGUCUUGCGUGUUUCCUGUGCUACUUGAUUUGUCCUUAAGGAACAAUAUACUAAUUUUCAACUAAGGAACAAUUAUUGAUCUAGUGCAAGGAACAUCUACAGUACACUACUGUUGAACGAAGGAACGCGAGCUACUUGUCUUACUCGCAAGAUACCUACAUAAGGAACAUCUGUGGCUACUGAUUUUUUUUAAUAUAAGGAACAAUUAACGUUACUUGUGUCUCACGUAAGUAACACGUCAGACGCUACUUUAAGUAAUACAGCUCUGAGGAAACGCUGUGCUACUUAAAGAGAACAUUACGGUGCUACUUAAAGAGUAUUCUUUUCUUGUGGAACGCUUCUUCUACUUAAGUAACAUCCGUCGUACUUAAAUAAAGGAGCAGUACCUUACGGAGCUGCUCUUGGGCGUCCCUGUUACCUAAGGAACUCUCAGGAACAAUGCAUUUAACAUCAUUUGAGAUGGAGGAUGUUGGAGGAGUACCAGUAGGGGAGGAGGAGGAGGAGGACAAGUUCGGCAACCCCCCCAACAAGAAGACCGACGUAGCCAAGUCUAGCGAGGCCUUGGUCGAGGUGGACAAUAAGAACAAGUUACUUUACUCCGUCGAGGACAACCCACCUUGGUACACCUGUGUGUUCUUGGGCCUACAGCAUUAUCUCAUGAUGGUGGAGUCGACGGUGAGCAUCCCGUACCUGUUAACGCCCCUCAUGUGUAUGGCAGCCACAGAUCCUGCCAGGGGCGCCAUCGCUUCUACUAUCAUCUUCGUCAGCGGCAUCGUCACCCUCCUUCAGACCUCCUUCGGUAUCAGAUUACCCAUCGUGCAGGGGGGUACUCAUGGGUUCCUGGGCCCCACUCUUGCCAUCCUAGCCCUCAUGCCCUGCCCCCCUGAGGAAGAACUCGAGGCCCUCACCUAUACUGAGAGAACACACCUUUGGCAGACCCGGAUGAAUGAGGUGCAAGGAGCCAUCUGUGUUGCUGCUAUUUUCCAAGUCCUCGUAGGUUGUACAGGAGCUAUCGGGGCAUUACUACGAUGGAUUAGUCCCCUGGUGAUUGUACCGACAGUCACUCUCAUUGGCUUUUCGCUGUACCCUGUCGCAGCUAGCAAGGCAUCCUCUCACUGGGGUAUCGCCUCUAUGACGAUCGUGUUACUGGUGUUGUUUUCCCAGUACCUGAGCGAGGUGGCACUACCUGGGUUUACCUGGUCAAGAGAGAGAGGCUUCACCCGAAUUAACAUCUACGUCUUCAAACUCUUCCCGGUACUGCUGGCGGUGGUGAUGGCGUGGGGAACGUGCUGGAUCUUAACGGUGACGGAGGUCCUACCGAAGGACAACCUCGCCAGGACUGAUCUCAGACUAGAUAUGAUCACGGAGUCGCCCUGGUUCCGCGUUCCCUACCCCUGUCAGUGGGGGCUGCCUACAGUGAGCGUGGCAGGAGUGCUUGGUAUGUUGGCUGGUGUCCUCGCAAGCAUCGUGGAGAGCGUUGGUGACUACUUUGCUUGUGCUAGAUUGUCUGGAGCGCCGGCACCCCCCAAGCAUGCCAUCAACCGGGGUAUCUGGAUCGAGGGACUUGGCACUAUUCUGGCAGGGCUGUGGGGCACGGGGAGUGGCACCACUUCCUACUCCCAGAACGUCGGGGCCAUUGGUGUCACCAAGGUUGGGAGCCGUCGUGUGGUGCAGUACAGCGCGGUUAUCAUGCUCCUGUGUGGCCUGGUGGGGAAGGUCGGGGCUCUGCUCAUCACCAUCCCAGAGCCCAUCAUCGGCGGCAUCUUCUGUGUGGUGUUCGCCAUGAUCACCUCCGUCGGCCUCUCAACCCUUCAGUACGUCGACCUCAACUCCUCCAGGAACCUCUUCGUUUUGGGCUUUUCCCUCUUCUUCGGGAUGGCCCUGCCCAUGUGGAUGGCGAAACCAGAAAACCUGAGAAUUAUCCAGACGUCAGUACCUAUGUUGGAUCAGGUGUUAUCGGUACUGUUGAAGACGUCCAUGUUUGUAGGAGGCUGUCUCGGCUUUUUCCUUGACAACACUAUCCCAGGGACGGACGAGGAGCGAGGGAUGGUGGCGUGGAAGGAUCAGUUAAAGCCCCCUAGUGAAGAAUCUGCCAUGGACCAUUCUUGUUAUAACCUUCCCGUAGGCAUGGACACCGUCAGGAGAUGGAAUUGGACGAGGUAUGUACCCAUAUCCCCUACGUUUAUCGGCUGGGGGUUCGUAAGGAAGAGGUGUAUGAAAUCAUCAGCGUAGAGGGUGCCACUACUACUAUCACCACCCACAACUACAGCUACUAUUACUACUUCACAUCACCACCACCAUCACUAUAUUAAUACUACCAUCACCAUCACCACUACUACUACUACUGCUACUUUUUUUUUCUUCCUGUAUAAUAACCUCCAGCCUCCUCUUAUUAACCAUGCCACCAAUUUUACAUCAUAUGACCCCCUUCCCCCCUCACCCCCUCAGUGUCACCCUGACGAAGGAGUCGAUAAAUAAAGUACUUCUUGGGCGAUAGAACCCACAGAUAUCAUCCACAGAACCCUUCCCUCCUCCCUGACGAGAUCCCCUUGUGCCAUCUCCAGAACCACCAGCACUACCCCCCAACAGAACCACCAGCACUACCCCCCAACAGAACCAUCAGCACCUCACUAACAACAAAUACACUCCGGGAAACUGACAGACAAAUGGACAACAACGUCUUAUUGUAUCUACCAAACACAAGCCAGCAUAAGACGACGUAUCUUUAAGCUUUACGUCGUCAUAUAACCAGGGCAGCAGUGCAGAGAUCCUGUAAAUUUGGCCUAGAAACGCACACACUCUUUAUUUUUUGUGAACGAAUGCUAAGAAGAAGCUACACUGACAGGAAAACAAAUUAAGAUGAGCAAAACUUCAAGAUAAAUACUUUAAAUGUACAGAAAAAUACAAAUGAGAUACUUUAGUCAUAUAAUUAAGGAUGAUGUGAUAAUAAUAACAUAAAUAUUAAUGGGUAAAGUUGGUGGUAGGUGGGUCAGGGGAAGGUAGGGACUGGGAUGGAUGGAGGACUGUGGUCGCUAACCCUCAGAUAUGACGAAGGAAUUCUGAUAAUGCGGUCCUGAUGGUUAAAAGAUGCUCCUAUAGUACAUUAUGUUGAUCACGUGGAAAUUAGUCCCAACCUUACUUAACCCCCGAUAGCAUUAGGAGGGCUAAUCUUCAUGUGAUCCAUUUGUGUCCUUAGCAACCGUGCCGCUUGUCUGAGCUGUCACGGUUGCUAGGGACAAAUUUAAAUGGGUUGAGAUUAGUCGAUAAGUCAAUUAUUCUCGAAAUUUUAUGACCCCCCAACAAAUUAUCUCACCUCACUUGCGGUCAUAACUUUACCUCACAAGAUAUCAUGACCCCACAUUACAACAGGUCAUGACCCCACAUUACAAUAGGUCAUGACCCCCACAUUACAACAGGUCAUGACCCCACAUUACAAUAGGUCAUGACCCCCACAUUACAACAGGUCAUGACCCCCACAUUACAACAGGUCAUGACCCCACAUUACAACAGGUCAUGAUCCCACAUUACAAUAGGUCAUGACCCCCACAUUACAACAGGUCAUGACCCCACAUUACAACAGGUCAUGACCCCACAUUACAACAGGUCAUACCCCACAUUACAAUAGGUCAUGACCCCCACAUUACAAUGGGUCAUGACCCCACAUUACAAUGGGUCAUGACCCCACAUUACAACAGGUCAUGACCCCCACAUUACAAUAGGUCAUGACCCCACAUUGCAAUAGGUCAUGACCCCUACAUUACAAUAGGUCAUGACUCCACAUUACAACAGGUCAUGACCCCACAUUACAACAGGUCAUGACCCCACAUUACAAUAGGUCAUGACCCCACAUUACAAUAGGUCAUGACCCCCACAUUACAACAGGUCAUGACCCCACAUUACAAUAGGUCAUGACCCCCACAUUACAACAGGUCAUGACCCCCACAUUACAACAGGUCAUGACCCCACAUUACAACAGGUCAUGAUCCCACAUUACAAUAGGUCAUGACCCCCACAUUACAACAGGUCAUGACCCCACAUUACAACAGGUCAUGACCCCACAUUACAACAGGUCAUACCCCACAUUACAAUAGGUCAUGACCCCCACAUUACAAUGGGUCAUGACCCCACAUUACAAUGGGUCAUGACCCCACAUUACAACAGGUCAUGACCCCCACAUUACAAUAGGUCAUGACCCCACAUUGCAAUAGGUCAUGACCCCUACAUUACAAUAGGUCAUGACUCCACAUUACAACAGGUCAUGACCCCACAUUACAACAGGUCAUGACCCCACAUUACAAUAGGUCAUGACCCCACAUUACAAUAGGUCAUGACCCCCACAUUACAACAGGUCAUGACCCCACAUUACAAUAGGUCAUGACCCCCACAUUACAACAGGUCAUGACCCCCACAUUACAACAGGUCAUGACCCCACAUUACAACAGGUCAUGACCCCACAUUACAACAGGUCAUACCCCACAUUACAAUAGGUCAUGACCCCCACAUUACAAUGGGUCAUGACCCCACAUUACAAUGGGUCAUGACCCCACAUUACAACAGGUCAUGACCCCCACAUUACAAUAGGUCAUGACCCCACAUUGCAAUAGGUCAUGACCCCUACAUUACAAUAGGUCAUGACUCCACAUUACAACAGGUCAUGACCCCACAUUACAACAGGUCAUGACCCCACAUUACAAUAGGUCAUGACCCCACAUUACAAUAGGUCAUGACCCCCACAUUACAAUAGGUCAUGACCCCCACAUUACAAUAGGUCAUGACCCCACAUUACAACAGGUCAUGACCCCACAUUACAGUAGGUCAUAAACCCCACAAAAUGUCAUCACCCUACCUAACAUGUCAUGACCCCAUCCCAUUGCAGGUCAUGACCCCAUCCCAUAACAGGUGUGGGGAUCAUGACACCUCGGCCAGUGAGAAGUUAUUGUGUGACCUCUGAGUCUUCCGUUUGUUUCUGUAUGCAAUGUUGUCUCAAUAAAAGUCUUUGAAAACUA